AUGGCCCCGAAGCGUCGCAGCAAUGGUGAUGGUAACACUUCGCCACCGAAGAGGAACAAGACUGGUGGCCAUCCGCCAGCAGCACCGAACGAAGACGCUGAGAUCGAGGCCACCAACGCCAUACAGACCAGUUUGCAGGGACGGCCGCUUCAAUUCGACCAUGAACAUGAGAUCCGACGUGCAAACUCCAUGCGACAUUCGCUCCAGCAAGGCCCAUCGCAGACACCUGCGCCGGAAAAAGCCCGCCGGGAAGGUUCGAUUCGCAUCAAGGAAGAGAGUCUCGAUUCGGACCACGCGCCAACAGCUCCUUCAGGCGCCGACAAGCACCAUCUUCGUCAUUCUCGACCUCAUGCUCCCACGUAUGGUGACGAUAACCAGCAGGACUUCUUACUUCCUCGGACGGAACAAGACAUCGCAACCGAGAUCGAAACCGCCGCCGGUAUACUACAAAAGUAUGGUCCCGAUCACAUUUUCUACAUGCCCGCAAUCCAAGUACUCCGACAUGUGUGCUUUCCCACCCAUGAGUUGCAAGUUCGUACCGUCGCUAGCAAGCUCGUUGAACACGGCUUGCACAUUGACAAAGUGCACGAGGUCGCAAUGGUUCUCCGGCAACUAGCACCAAGCGGUCUUUCCCUUGAUGAGGCUGCAAAUUCUCUCAGAGACGUGUACCAGCUGGACAGCGUCCUCACAACGCUUCAGGAAGGAGCACCGGACGGGCAGAUUCAAGCUCAGCUCCAUUCCUGGCGGGAAGAACUCCACAGCCAGCAGGACGUCAUAGUCGGGAUUGCCGACUACGCUAAGACGUCGAGAUCAGUAGCGCCUGAUCGAGACUUCGGCAACGCGGUCUCUCAAGUGACUCGCAGUGGAAGUGUACUCAUGUCGGGUGGCCUCCCGAACGAUGUCAAGGUUGAAGAAGAACCUACUCUUGAAGGUGAGGGUCCAGACGAUUUCAUUAGCGAUCGAAACAACCCUGGUUCACAGGAAGAAACCAUCCGACAACAACGCAUCGACAAGUUCAAGCAGAAAUUCCCGCGGGUGAUCGACGUUCUGCUUUAUCAUCUGAAGGAAGUAUGCGAGGUAACCGCUGAUUUGCAAUCACUUCCGUGGUUCAAAUGCCGCAAGGUCGCGAUCGAUCAUUUUAGCGAGACACCGGAUAUGCAACGCGGAGAGUGGAAAGCUCUCCAUGAUCAGCUGCUCAGAGGCGAGAGCAAUCCACUCGACCGUCCAGCAGGAGUGGAAUUACUAGGUCGACAUGGAUACCUGGAUCGGCUCAAAGAGACUGUUGGGCAUGAAGAUCCUCAGCAGAGCACGUCGUUGGCCACUACCGGCGGCCGGACUGAAACGCCCUCUGCUGAUGUUCCUCUGGACCUCAGCAGCUUGUCACUAGAGGAGCUGGAGUCUCAAUUCCCCACGAGGCGCAGCUUGUUCCUCUUCCAGGUUUUCGAGGCUUCGAUAUCUGCCGGUAUCCCCUUGAAUCGCCAAGACUGCGACCAGCAAGCUCAGGAGUUCUGGGGUAGCUUCGAGCGUGAAGAGAAGAAGAUUUGGUCUCGGCUACGGAACGCUUUGCUGGCAGACGGCCCUGCUAUUAGAAAGAAUUGGUCGGCAGCGGCGUUGCUGUCUGAACAUGGUUUGCCAGGAGCAUUGGCGCCUACGGCCAGAGACGAAAUUGCACCAAGUGGCGACGGCAGUGUAGAACGGUCGGACCAAACAGUUCAUACUCCCGAUUUCAUGGUCAUUCCACGGGGUAAACAACAAGCGCGAUGGAAGACGGAUUUUCUGGCCUUGCCGUACCAACGACAUUCCGAUUCUGCUUCGCGCCUCCAGUUCGUGAUAGGCACGCCUGGCUGUCCUAUCACAAAACGCCACGCAAAGGAAUUUCGUCGGGCCAUCGCUACGCAGCUCGGCUUGAAAUUCAAAAGUGUGGGCCAAGUUGUUCAGAAGCGGACUUUUUCGGUCAGGGUUGAGUCUCCCGAGGCGGCGCAAGCGGCUCUCGGCAAGAACAGAAGUGUCAUCUGUCAUAACCACGGUGUCUUUGCCGAGCGCAUUCCGGACAGAGACCCGCAAAUCUUCCUCUGCGACUUUCAUGACCAGCAAGUGGACGACGCGGAGGUUGGUGUUGGCGUCUACGCCCUGUUCAACUGGGAGGUAAGUAAGCAUCGUAUCGAAGUCCUGAAGUAUCCARGCAAUCGAUACCUGAUCUGCUUCUCGGAACCAGUGCAGUUCCUUCGGUUGUACGUCAGGAUACGCUUGCCGCAAAAACAGGUUUGCACUGCGCGUUUUCAGCCAGUGGACACCAGCAUCGAUCAGAAAUGUCCUGUUUGUGAUGAAGUGCACGCCUGGCCGUGCAAGAGCGCAGAGGCGGUACCGGUGCCGAUGUUUACGAAGCGAAACGUCCCGUCGGACGUAGUGACUGCUCGAUCUGCUCGCUACGAGUCGCGGGUCGAGAGAGUCGGUGAUACUUCUUGUUAG